CGCUCUUGCUCCGUUUCUCCUGAUUACUCGUCUUCCGUUGGAAUAGGACACCAUGCUCCUCGACGAAUCUCAGAAUUCACAUGAGAAAUGGUUUUCUCUAUAUAAACCACCUCAAGAUCUUGUAUUCUACUCACAAGGACUACCCUCGUCUUUCAACUGACAAUGCGCGUCUUUGGAAAAGAAUUCUUCUCUUCUGCGCUCCUUGCGGUUCUCCUCGCCAAAGUCUCGUAUGCUUCACCUUGGACAAUGACUUCGAAGCACUCUACCCACCAACGAAGGACUAUCGGACGCGACUUGACGAUUGAUACCUACCAUCCCGAGUCAACCUUCAAGACUUACGGAGAAGGGAAAGCGAUCUCGUCUUUUAGUAGCGGUGACCUGAAGACAUCUAUCGUCUCCUUCAUUGCGUCUGAGCUUGGCGCCGACUCGUCUACCAUCACCUACAGCUCUGGCCACACCGCUGAGAACGAUAUGAGCUACGCCUAUGCAAAGCAGUACCCUUUCAAGAACGGUAACGCGGUUUCGUUCGGGUCGUCGUUUGUAGAUACAUCCAACAUUGCUUCCUCCCAGCCCUCCAUUGAGCUCGAUUCAGUCAUAAGCAAAGUCGAAGACGCGCUCGCUGCUACCUACAGCGGCAUCAACUCCCUCGAAUAUCUAGCCCUCGAAGACGGAUCCGUUGCCCUCACCCACGUAGUCCAAGUCCUUAACGCCGAUGCCAACACAGCCUAUGAAGCAUUCGUCGACGCCCAUUCAGGAGAUAUAAUUGGAGUCACCGAUUUUUCUGCACAGGCUACGUACACUGUCGUGCCAAUAAUCCAGGCAUCUGUAGUGGACGGCGAGGAAGUUGUCGUCGACCCAGAAGACCUGAACUCUUCUCCUCAAGGCUGGGUACAGAAUGGGGAAACCGCGGGAAACAACGUCAUCUCCUUCAAGGGACUAUUGUUCACUACAACUCAGCAGUCGUCCCCCAAUACAUUCGACUACCCAUAUAAUACAGCCGUUGGCCCUUUAAUCGGCGGAAAUGUCGACGCUGCUUGCACCAACGCCUUCUAUAUCGUCAACCAAGUCCACGACUUUGUUUACAAGUACGGAUGGACCGAGGCUGCUUAUAAUUUCCAGCAGAACAAUUUUGGUAGAGGAGGAUUAGGUGGGGACCGGGUGCAGAUGUCUGUACAAGACGCUGGCGGGAUUAACAAUGCGAAUUUCGUUACCCUUCCUGAUGGUCAGCCUGGCACUUGCCGGAUGUAUAUUUGGGAUCUUACAAUUCCCAAUCGCGAUGGAGACUUGCAGAAUGAUCUAAUCGUCCAUGAGGUUACUCAUGGGAUUUCUAAUCGCUUGACUGGAGGCGGUACGGCUAGAUGCUUGCAAACGCUCGAAUCUGCGGGGUUAGGUGAAGGAUGGUCGGAUGCCAUGGCAGAUUGGACUGAACAGACGAGCGCUAAUACCCACGACUUUGUUUUCGCUGCAUGGGCAAUAAACAGAGCCGGUGGUGGGCGCAACUACCCGUACUCCACGAAUCCCAACGUGAACCCACUCCGGUAUUCUUCACUUACUCGGCUAAACGAGGUUCACGAUAUUGGCGAGGUGUGGGCCAACAUGCUGCACAAUGUAUAUGCUGCCCUAGUCCAAGCCUACGGAUGGUCGGCGACAGCGAUGGAUAAUGCUAAUGGGAAUGAGGGAAAUAUAGUUUACCUCCACCUCUUCAUCGACGCGUUACAACUCCAGCCCUGCAACCCUACCUUCGUGCAAGCUCGAGCUGCGUGGAUCCAAGCUGAUGUGAACCGCUACAAUGGAGCCAAUGCUUGCAUUCUCUGGAACACGUUCGCGAGCCGUGGUUUGGGAAUGUUUGCAGCGAACUAUGUGGACGAUGCCACCGUUCCAGCGGGAUGCUAA